GACAUCUUCAGCACAUCAGCUUGGUAGAAGCAAAACAAAGUCAGCACGCAAAAGCCUCGAGGUGUCCAACACACACAUACCUACUCGGAUGCGACUACUACACCACCUCGGCCGAACCCUUCACUUCCCGCUCCAGCCUCCGUCUCAGCCCCAGUCCAGUCCAGUCCAGUCCAGUCCAUCCUUCAUCCCUUCGCCAACACCCGACCUAUCGAGCCUCGUUCCAUCCGUCAGGCACUCCACUCACCGACGACCGCCAAACCCACGCACUCACCCACAUCAACAUCAUAACCACGCUAUCAAUACAAGAUGUGCCAAGAAACCACGGAAACCUUUCCCUGCUCGACCCCCGGGUGCACAAAUAAGAGCAUGGAAGACCGAAUAUACCAUGUCGAUCUGUGCGAAGAGGUGCUGCGUGACCCGAACAUGCGCUGGGGUAUGUGUAGAAACGUACAAAGGGUAACGGUAUCGAUCGACACGCAAUCGGACUGUGUGGAAUGCGUGAGGGAACGGUGGCUAUCAAGAUACUCUCGGACUGUUCACAAUCCACGAGGGGUUGGAAGUGGACGUAAUAGAUAGUUCAACUUGGCAUUCGAGAUCUGGUUCUGUCAGUUGGCGUUUGGAACGAUGAGUAGAAAGAGGUUCAUGCUAUGAAGCGGAGGCAGGUAGGGGUUUUGGAAUCAGUACGUAUAGAAGGGAGAUGGGUUUUUGGUUCUCGUGUCGUCCGUAGUUGAAUGUGACGAAGCAGUGGAGACAAGAUCCUACAUUGUCGGACGGAAGGAAUUAAGAACAAGAAACAAAAGAAGGAAAGUAUCCGGACACUCAUCAUUAUCAUCAUCAUCAUCAUCAUCUGCGACACACACAGCGGAACCGCAGCGACAAAUCGAGAUGACAAAACCUGCAAAUAAUAAGGUAUCCAAUAAGUCACGUAUUGGCAGAG